CCGGGCGAGCGGCGGCGCCGGCGCUGCGCUUCGCUGACCUUCCGAGCGUCCUUCUCUCUCUCCACCGAAGCGGGCGGGCCGGGCACCCUCUCGGCAACCAUCAUGGCUCCCAGGAAAUUCUUCGUGGGCGGGAACUGGAAAAUGAAUGGCGACAAGAAGAGCCUCGGGGAGCUCAUCCAGACCCUCAACGGCGCCAAGGUCCCCGCAGACACCGAGGUGGUUUGUGGUGCCCCUUCCAUCUACCUUGACUUCGCCCGCCAGAAGCUCGAUGCCAAGAUUGGCUUGGCUGCCCAGAACUGUUACAAGCUGCCAAAGGGGGCGUUCACGGGAGAGAUCAGCCCAGCCAUGAUCAAGGAUGUUGGCGUCACCUGGGUGAUCCUGGGACACUCAGAGAGGAGGCACGUCUUUGGGGAGUCUGAUGAGCUCAUCGGACAGAAGGUGGCCCACGCCUUGGCCGAGGGGCUUGGGGUGAUUGCCUGCAUCGGGGAGAAGCUGGACGAGAGGGAAGGCGGCAUCACGGAGAAGGUGGUGUUCCAGCAGACCAAGGUUAUUGCCGAUAACGUGAAAGACUGGAGCAAAGUGGUGCUCGCUUACGAGCCGGUUUGGGCUAUCGGGACCGGCAAAACGGCGACUCCCCAGCAGGCUCAAGAGGUCCACGAGAAGCUGAGGGGCUGGCUGAAGAGCAACGUGUCCGAGGCCGUGGCGCAGUCCACUCGGAUCAUCUAUGGAGGUUCAGUCACCGGCGGCACCUGCAAAGAACUGGCCUCCCAGGGAGACGUGGACGGCUUCCUCGUGGGCGGGGCCUCCCUCAAGCCCGAAUUCGUCGAAAUCAUCAACGCGAACCACUGAAGUCCGCCUGUGGAGCCUUAAGUCUCAGCAGGAGGGAGGGGAAAUGGCCGUCGCGAGGAGGAGACCCACACUGUCAUGAAGCAGACACAAAGAGCUGCGCCCCACCCCCCUGCACUCGGGUUCGAGGGCGCCACCUUCCAGUCCCUCUUCCACCUACGCUUACUAUAAUUUGUCCGACGCUGCUGCUAAAUACAACCGUUGCCAAGCCAUGUUAUUCGGUUAGCCGUGAGCCUUUUUGAAGGCAGGAAGGUAGUUUGCUUGCCCCAGGCUAGUACCUGGGGCCUCCUGCCGUCCAAGUUCCCUCCUCCGAGGCCGGUCAGUUUUGCCAACUGGUGAUGCCUGUCCUGUGUUACAAGGCCCGCCUCCCUUGCUGAGGAAGGGGCGCAGCCUCAGUUCAGCUGGGGGGAGGGGGUUUGUCUGGCAACUGCCGGUUCACACUGGUGUAAAUUGUCUGUCUGUUCUGUCUCUCUCCCCCUGCCAACAAAGCCAACCACAAAGAGAAUAAACAAAGGGAAAGCA